GGCCCGGCAGGUAGAGUGGGGGUAUGCAACUUCCCCUUAGAGGACGCAAUCGAUGACAAAACGAAUAUAUAAAGGUCUUGAAAGAACUGAGAACUUCAGUGUCUUUUGGCUCUUUAAGACGACAAUUGCCCAUUUUUAGAAAAGUAAAACAGCAACUCUUUUUUGGAAAAAUUGUGAUUUUUGAUCAUGGCAUCUGUUAAAUGUUUUGUGCUUUUCUUCACCCUUCUACUUGUUGCUCACUCUUUUGCUCGUCCAGGUAGUCGCAGAAACGGGUGUACCUCAAGACUAUGUUGCAUUGGAUGCGAAACGGAGAGUGAAGGUGGAAACACUGGAGGAAAUGGAAGCAAUGGAGGAAGUGGAAACAAUGUGGGAAAUGGAAACAACAUAAACUAUAUAAACAAAGGAGGAAGUAGUAACAAUGUUGACAAUGGAAAUGUUGGAGGAAAUAAAAACCAAAUUGGAGGACAUAUUGUUUCGAAUAUCCAAGGAAGAAAAGGAAAUGGAGAAAAUGGAAUAUAUGGAAGUGAAAGCAAUAAUAAUUGUUAAAGUCGAUCAUUUUGGGAAUUCAAUAUUAAUAAAAUUUGAUAGCAUUUUAUGAUAUUAUAUUAUUUUUGUUUUGCUUAUAAGUUUUUCCUUACUAAUAAUAGAGAAAAAUGUUGAGAAUGUUUUUUACGCAAA